AUGCAGAUACACAAAAACACCCCCUAUGCGGCGAAACACCGUCACCCGGCAGGACCUGGACCUGUACAUCCCGGCACUGCAGCAGCAGGCACGAGGCUGCCGCUGGUGAUUUUCGUGCACGGCGGCGGCUGGCGCGCACACGACAAGAGCGACUUUGGUCAAUCUCUGCCAGGAAAUACGGUGGCGGUGGCCGCGCUGAACUACCGGCUCAACGUCCAGGACAACCCGUCAACCAAGCACGCGAUGCAUAUCAACGACUUGAUUGCCGGCGUGCGCUUCCUCCUGACCAGCACGUACCCGGACUAUGACAAGUUUGCCAGCCGGCUGGUGCACUCCUGGUACGAGGAUGUCACGCUGGUGGUGCGCGAUAUGGGCACGCACUUUGACAAGCUGGAGAACCCAAGGCUCUGGCAGGCCAUCGUCAAGCACCUUCCGUAAACUCGCUUUCAUAGAGCCCGC